AUGGAGUACAAUGUCUCCUUAUAUACUGUUGCUGAUCAGUCCAGCCAAAAUGUCUGUACAGUUUGUGACGAUGUCCAUAGGACGGAAUCGUGCCCAAGGUUCCUGGCGUCCGAGGUUCCCGUUCGUUGGGAGCUCAUCAGAACUAAGGGAGGAUGCUAUCGAUGUCUCAAUCUCUGUCACCGAGCUGUAGCUUGUCAUGGGAGUAAAGGAUGUGGGCGAGCCAAUUGUAAGGUUAACCACCACACUCUGUUACACACAGAUCGAAGGCCAAGACAAGGUUCAUGCGUAUCGGACUCUCCGCCCAAGGACCCGGGCAGUUGCCACGCUGUCUCUGCUGAUGCCGGGAAAAUUGCUCUGGGAAUUGUACCGGUGCGGCUAGAAGGACCUUUGUUUUCUGUUGAAACAUACGCUUUACUUGACAGCGGCUCCGACGUAAGUCUGGUCCAGGACGAUCUACUGCGAGAGGCUGGUGUUAAAAUAAAUCCGGUUUCGCUGAAGAUGCAAACAGUGAGCGGUACUAGUUGUCUGGAAUCCGGCGUCGCCAGUUUUCGUUUGCUGUCGUUGGACGGUAAUGAGUCGAUUGAAGUGCGACGUGCUUAUUGCUUGAACCGUUUGCCCUUGCGUCCAGUCAAGGAAUCUGUUAGUCAGGUAGCAGCUCGAUGGCCACAGCUAUCGACCGUUGAUUUCCAAGAGCUGAAGGAUUCCCGCGUUAGAAUACUUUUGGGAGCUGAUGUUCCAGAGGCACAUUGGCAGAUAGAACAACGACUCGGAGGUCGUGGUCAGCCCUUCGCGACAAGGACCCUACUUGGAUGGAUAAUGUUGGGUCCGGUAGACGGGAGCAGCCAAGCUCACGUGUCCAUAAAUUAUGUACGAGGGGGUGAGUUAUCGCUGAAAGAGAGAUUAAGGCCUUCGUAUGACGCUGGAUUUGAAGAUGUUGACUCGAACACCCGCGCACUCUCCGUUGAAGACAACGCCGCGUUGUCGAUAGCGAAAACUUCCGUACGGCUUGUAGAUGGGCAUUUCGAAGUGGCCCUUCCUUGGAGAAACAAGAACGCGGUGGUUGCACCCAAUUACGAGUCUGCUCGGUACAGAUUGCAGUGCUUAAGCAGACGAUUGUUGAGUAAUCCGGAUCUCCGAGAUCAAUAUGUGACAGCAAUGAAGACGAAUAUCACGAAAGGUUAUGCCCUUCCAGUGCCUCCUUACCAAUUGCAGCCCCACUAUUCUCCCAUGUGGUAUUUACCACACCACGCCGCUAUCAAUCCAAAGAAACCUGAAAGGCUUAGUGUUGUCUUUGAUUGUGCCGCAAAAUAUAGAGGGGUUUCUCUAAAUGACCAGUUGUUGCAAGGUCCCGAUACCACUGCGGACUUGGUCAGUAUACUGCCGCGCUUCAGGGCUGAGAGAGUAGCUAUAUCCGUUGACAUUGAAGAUAUGUUCAUGCAAGUGAAAGUGCCGGAAGCUGCCAGGGGCGCGUUACGUUUUCUUUGGUGGAAAAAUGACGAUAUCGGUUCAGAAGUGAUGGAAUAUCAGAUGACAGCGCAUCCCUUUGGCGCGACUUCAUCCCCUUUCUGCGCUAAUUUUGCCUUGUGCCAAACCGCCGUUAUGUGGGGACCUCACUACAAUGCCAAUGUGGCGGCGGUGGUCCGCCAUAAUUUUUGUGUCGAUGACCUUUCGAUUGUGUUGCCGUCGGUGUCCGAAGACAUACCUUUUGUAGCCCAGAUCAGAGAGAUGUUGAAUAAGAUCGGGUAUGGCGCAGUCGCGUACGUCAGAUUUCGCGCUGGCGAUCUCACACUGUGUUCUUUACUCUAUUCGAAGUCUAGAGUCGCGCCACUGAAAGCUAUCUCUAAACCACGGCUGGAGUUGUCUGCGGCAGUUCUCGCUAUCCGAGUGUUUGAGAGCGUUCGUGAAAGGGCCCAAAUGAAAUUCGAGCGAUUUUGGUUUUGGAUCGACUCCACCACAGUUUUAUAUUACAUUAACAACACGUCUGGCAGGUUCAGCACUUUUGUGGCCAGUCGACUGUCGACCAUUCACGCGUUUUCGACACCCUGUCAGUGGAGAUCCGUUAAUUCCGGACGUAAUACUGCUGAUCCGUUAUCGAGAGGCGCGUACUUCACUGUGCGAUUGGAUAUUUGGUUUAGAGGACCGCGGUUCUUGGCGAGCGACGAAGAAGAAUCGCCUAAUUUCGCUCCACUGGUCGAGCCUGAUGAAGUUGAAUUUAAGCGUUCGACUGUCCAAGUAUUUGCCACUUCAAGCGAGACACCACUGUCCGCCUUGCUUCGCGAGUGCUCUGAUUGGAUUAAAUUGUUAAGGUCAGUCGUGUGGCUUACACGAUUCGUGAGGUAUUUGAAGAAUCGCGUAUACGAAACCGAUAAUGACACACAGCGAACGGCGUUGAUCACUCUUGAUGAAUUCAACAAGACAGAGGUUGACGUUAUUAGGAUGACGCAGAACGAAGUUUACGAAGCUGAGUUAAAACGGCUUGAAGAUGCUAAAGAAGGAGCGUCGACUCUUAGAAGCAUAGCGCGCCGGAGCGGUCUGAUGCGACUUUGUCCCAUACUAUGUGGAGGGUUGCUGUGUCUGGGAGGACGAAUGGCUUAUCCGGAAUAUAAAAAUUCCUUCAAGUUUCCUGCAAUAUUACCUCCCAAGCAUCCAGUGACUGCAUUGUUUUGGAAAAGAUGGAUUAGAGAAUAUUUGCCGGUGUUACAAGCUAGACAGAAAUGGCUAUAUCCGCGCCGAGGUUUCAGGCCAGGAGACGUGGUUUUAGUCGCUUUUGAAGCUAUCACGCGCAGUGUGUGGCCCCUAGGCAUCGUAGACAGAUGUGUGACCUCAGAAGAUAGGCUCGUCAGAACAGUGCUGGUCAAGACGAAGGAGGGUUUAGUCAAGAAGGAUGUGAGAAAAAUUUGUUUGUUAGAGGGCAGCGGUUCGGAGGAGGGUGUAGUUCCGGCUGUUGACUCUCCGCAGGCGGGAGACGGGUUUCGAGCCUGUCGCACCAGGGAGGACCGCUGUGAGUUCAACAGUCGAAGUGGGAGGCCUCUGGCGUACCGGUGUAAGUCCUUUGGCCUCCCAGCGUGGAUGGAGCGGAAGGGAUAG